ACCAUGAUGAUCCCUAGCGUGCUCGCCCCCGCAGCCCUGUACCCGGGACUGUACCGACCAUCUGCAGGCGCACUCCCGCAGCUCCCGCACGCGUUUCCACCGCAGCGGAGCUUUCUGGUGGAGGACUUGUUGCGCAUCGGCCGCUCCGGAACAGCCGCGCCUGCGUUCACCAGCCGCUCUCCGAGCGCGCUCCCGACCAGCGCCCAGUCCCACCGUCAACCACAUUAUAUAAAUAUCAUUCCUAAUUCUGCAUUAUCAUUUCUGUUUGUUUCUUUCAGACCUGAACUCAAAACCUCGGUCUCUGGAUGCAAAGACCCCUCCUUCUUGAAGUUUGGAGUCAGUGCCAUCCUCGCCCCAUCUCCUAAAGCAGCGUCUCCUCCUCCGGCUCUACACAUCCCAAAGUCCUUCCCGGUACCAUGCUUCGACGCGAGCCUCCAUCCCCUCUUCAGAACUCCCUAUCUGCCCGCGUCCUCUCCCGUGGUGCCGAUGCCUGGGACGUUCUCGUGGCCUCUUCUCUCCAGAGGAAAGCCGCGCAGAGGAAUGCUUCGUCGGGCCGUGUUCUCUGACAUCCAGCGAAAGGCUCUGGAGAAGAUGUUCCAGAAGCAGAAGUACAUCUCCAAACCCGACCGCAAGAAGCUCGCCGCCAAACUGGGGCUCAAGGACUCACAGGUGAAGAUUUGGUUCCAGAAUCGCAGGAUGAAGUGGAGGAACUCAAAGGAGCGCGAGCUUCUGUCAUCGGGCGGCUGUCGGGAGCAAACUCUGCCCACGAAAUCGAACCCUCACCCCGACCUGAGCGACGUGCAUGGCUCAAGGGCCGAGGAAGAGGAGGAGAACGACGAGGACUUCCUGGAGAAUCACAUGACACUCACAAGCUCCUCCCCCUCAGCGUCAUCCAAACACUCGGACUCAGAUUCAGAAGAUGAGAUCACAGUUUCAUAA